UCGUCUUUCCAGCCCCCUCCCGUUCCUUCCUCCCUCCCUCCCUCCCUCCCCGAGCCUUGGGCUCGAAGAAACGCCAGGAGAGGAGAUCGCCGACGAGAAAUUGGCCUGCAAGUGAAUCGAACAGGGCGCCCGCCCCUCCUCGAUCGUUCGUCGUCGCUGCGGAAUUUCGGUGCUCGAUGUCGACGAUGAGGACGUGAUAGCUGGAGUGAACUGGAGGAGGUUUUUUAGAGCGGAGCAGGAUAAGAAAGGAGUAGGAAGCGGAGGAGGAGGAGGAGGAGGAAGAAUAGAAAGUGCUUUGAAGAAGGACGAGGACGAGGAGAAGGAGAAGGAGGAGAAGAAGAAGCAGAAGAAGAAGAGGAGGAGGAGAAGAGGCUGGGGCAAGACGGGGCAGGACGGGAAAGGGAGAGGAGGAGGAGAGUGGUGGGAGGUAGGGAAAGGUCGUGCGGUAGACGGUAAAGAUGGAAGGGCAGCAGCAAGAAUCGGUGCAGCAGUUUUGCUCGGUGACAGCGGCCACUCCCGAGCAAGCCAAGUUCUACUUGGAAAGUUGUAUGUGGCAGCUUGAUUCCGCCAUCCAUUCCUUUUUCGAAAACGAUGCAGGUCCCGCUCCCGAUUCUUCCCACGAGUACGAGCAGGAGGACGAUGAGGUCACGCCUCCAGUCGUUGCUGCUGCAGCCGCUGCCGGGAGGACUCCUGCAGCUGUUCCUGCAGCAGCUUCGGCAGGAGCAUCGGCGCCUGCUUCCGCAGUUCCUAGCUCAGGAGGCCAAGCGCAGGGUCAGGGUCGAUGGGUGACACGGGCAUCGGGUCCUGCUCAGGGUUCGGGGAGUUUCGGAGGACCGAGACCUAAAUCCGGGAAAGACAAGUCUGCGGCUAAAUCGAAUGGAGGAAGAGGGGGGAUUACAACAUUGUCCGAUCUAAAUAGACACCCUGAUUCUGACAGCGACUCCGAUGGCCCACAGGAGUAUUACACCGGUGGUGAAAAGAGUGGUAUGAUGGUGCAAGACCCUUCCAGGAGUCACCGGGAUGUGGAUUCUAUCUUCGAUCGCGCCAGACAGUUUGGAGCACGGGAAGGAAUUGUGGAAGCUCCACCCGCUCCUAGCAUCAGGGGUGCCUUCUCUGGCAUGGGUCGAACUAUUUCUGGUGAACCAAGAGCGCAGGAACCCGGACAGGCUAGUGGACCACCACCUCCUCCACCACCUGUAUUCCACACUAUCACAUUCUGGAGGAACGGUUUCACUGUGGACGAUGGACCUCUCAGGAGACUCGACGAUCCUGCCAAUGCUCCCUUUCUUGCUAGCAUAAAUAAGACUGAAUGCCCAAGGGAGCUGGAGCCAGCGGAUCGCAACACCCCAGUACACGUAAACCUUGUGAAGAAGGACGAGGAAUGGCAGGCUCCUCCGGAACCUAAGUAUGUCGCCUUCCAAGGCACGGGGAGGACUCUUGGGAGCUCUACCCAAACAGGUCCCGAAACCCUUGCCCCUGCUGCCGCUGCCGCUACCGCUACCCCUACCGUGACUAGCCCAACCAGCCCCGCUCCCAGAGAAGGACCUCCGAACCAACCAUUCCAAGGCUUGGUUGUGGACGAGAAAAAGCCUAACACUUCAAUUCAGUUGCGACUAUUAGAUGGAACCCGAAUGGUUGCCCGGUUCAACUAUCACCACACGAUUGCUGAUAUUAGAAGUUUCAUCGAUGCGGCCAGGCCUGGUAACGGUGGCCCAUAUCAAUUGCAAUCGAUGGGCUUUCCCCCAAAACCGCUUUCUGACUCAGAACAGACAAUAGAACAAGCAGGGCUCGUCAACGCGGUGGUCAUUCAACGGGGAUAGGUCGUCUGUUUAGAUGUGAUUAUCUGUGACCUCAUGGAAGAGCUAUUCUUUAGGAAGCUGACUGUUCUGCAUGACCUCCCUAAGCCUAAACUCCAAUUUUGAUGGUGCUUUUGAUCGAGUCAAAUAAGUUUCGGUGUAAUGUCAUAAAACCUCUAUAAAAUUUGAGCAGAGCGCUGUAAAUAGCACCAUUUCUUUCUGCAAGAGGUUUGGACGUGAUGUGCUGGUCUGGCAUUCCAUUGCCAUGGCAGCCGUGUCUUCAAAGUGGAAGCAGGAUACGCAUCGAGUGGGAGUUGAUAAUCAAGGUGCAAGAUCAUUCCAUUAAAGGCUGGAUGGUAGACUGGUUAAUUUCCUGUUCUGCUCUAGAAAAAAAUCUGAGGGCCUGUUACUGUUCAGUACGUCGUGUAUAUUUUCUCUCCCCAGCGUUUAGUGCUGUUGAGUGGUGAGCGUUUUGCAAACUCUGCAAUUUCUGAGGCUGGUUUGGACAUAUAGCAGGCUUUUGAACGACGUCAAAUGAUGAGGCCUAGUAGCAAUUGGGUACCUGUCUCGUCUGACUAUGCUUUUAAUGGAAUUUUCUCCAACAUCUUGCUGGCUUACAAACAGUCUGAAGCAGCAUGGGUUGCCUAUCUGGAUCAGUGCACUCGACAGACAAAAAUCAGCAAGUGUUCUUGGGGUGUGGUCUGUCUUUCUUGUGAGUCAGCUGGUAUAAUGGAGAUGCCAUCUAAGCUGCGUCUGUCAAAUUUCAUACAUGCAGGAAGCUUUGGGCGUGUGGUUGGUCGAUGCUGUGAAGUUUGCUUCGCAAAUGCUUGUAAGCAUGAUCAGUCUGUCGUGACUACUACUUAUUGAGAGCGAUUGUGUUUUCGAGUGGAGCAUUCUGAGUCAUACUGCAGUAUUAUUUUUUAUAUAUGUUUCACAGAUCUAUUCCAGCCAUCCUCCGCCAAACCGGCAGUGAGAGUUUUGUAGGGAAUCUACACUUUUCUGUUUCAGUACAAGGCUAUGGAAAGUUCAUAUUGGUUCCUCCAGACAAGAGACGCAAGGGAAGACACGUAGUGGUGUCGUCUUCCCCAAGCGUUGCAUCUUCAACCUUCUGCAAGGUGGUUGAAUCCUCAUACAACACAUCAGAUUUUUCUUUUAAUCGGCACAUUGGCUGAACAAAGACGACAUGUAUCUGACACCGGUUCUCUGGUAGAACUCCGGAGAUACAUGGACACGGAACACAACGAUUUGUUUGAUAUGCAUGCCACCUCUUUUUCCGUGGCUUGCGUCUUGUGUUCUAAAACGAUGUGAAAUUGAUGUUUAUUUCAUGAAAAAUCUAUCGCUGUUUUCA